GGAUGGAGUCCGCCCGUUCUCCAGAAUGAGGAAGGAGGGCCCGGUGGGGCGCUGCGGGGACGCUCACUGCACCCUGUGGUUGGGCCUUUCCUCCCAGCACCCCGCCCUCCCCGGGGGGCACCCGCCCUCAACCAGUUUGGCAGGGCAGGCCGGGUCUGGAGAUGGGCGGGGAGCCCUGAGCCUCCGCGCCUUCCUGGGCGCCUCCUCCCGCCCCCAGCCGCCCGCCGGACACCCAGGCCUCGCCGAGCCGGGUGCCGGGCGCUCGAGGCCCGGGAGUCGGCGUCCCCAGGGGAGACCCCCCAAGAAGGGUGCGCGGCCCCGGUACGCCCGACGGCCGUCCGGGCGGGGAGCCCUCCCCGGGGCGGGGCCAUGCCGCCUGGUGCCCGCUGAGGCCCCCACCAUGGCCCGCUCGCUGACCUGGUGCUGCUGCCCCUGCUGCCUGACCGAGGAUGAGAAGGCGGCGGCCCGGAUCGACCAGGACAUCAACAGGAUCCUGCUGGAGCAGAAGAAGAGGGACCGCGGGGAGCUGAAGCUGCUACUUCUGGGCCCCGGCGAGAGCGGGAAGAGCACGUUCAUCAAGCAGAUGCGCAUCAUCCACGGGGCGGGCUACUCGGAGGAGGAGCGCAAGGGCUUCCGGCCCCUCAUCUACCAGAACAUCUUCGUGUCCAUGCAGGCCAUGAUCGAGGCCAUGGACUGGCUGCAGAUUCCGUUCAGCGGGCCCGAGAGCAGGCACCACGCCAGUCUGGUCAUGAGCCAGGACCCCUACAAAGUGACCACUUUCGAGAAGCGCUGUGCCGUGGCCAUGCAGUGGCUGUGGAGGGACGCCGGCAUCCGGGCCUGUUAUGAGCGUCGCCGGGAGUUUCACCUGCUGGAUUCGGCCGUGUACUACCUGUCCCACCUGGAGCGCAUCACUGAAGAGGACUACAUCCCCACGGCACAGGACGUGCUCCGGAGCCGCAUGCCCACCACCGGCAUCAAUGAGUACUGCUUCUCCGUGCAGAAGACCAACCUGCGGAUCGUGGACGUCGGGGGCCAGAGGUCGGAACGGAAGAAGUGGAUCCACUGCUUUGAGAACGUGAUUGCCCUCAUCUACCUGGCCUCGCUCAGCGAGUAUGACCAGUGUCUGGAGGAGAACAACCAAGAGAACCGGAUGAAGGAGAGCCUGGCCCUGUUCGGCACUAUCCUGGAACUGCCCUGGUUCAAAAGCACGUCCGUCAUCCUCUUCCUCAACAAAACUGACAUCCUAGAAGAGAAGAUCUCCACCUCCCACUUGGCUACCUACUUCCCCAGUUUCCAGGGGGCUGCAGUACUCUGCCGACUUCCGGGUGUCAGUCCUUGCCUGUUCUGUACUGAAUAACGUUUGUGAUUAUAACAGCGGCUAAAGUAUCUAACAUUGCUGGAGGCGCCCUCACGUAUGGACUCAUUUGAUCCUCGUUAAAAAGUCCUGUGCAGUGGAGCUCUUCCUCCUCACCGCUUUAGAGGUGGGGAAACUGAGGUACAGAGAGGGGCAACCACUUGCCAAAAGUCACACGGCCAGCGAGUGGCAGAGGCAGGAUUCGAACCCAGGCUGUCUGGAUCCGGCGCCACCAGCCUUAACCACUGGGUACCCUGCCUGUCUGGAAGAAUCAGAAGAACCUUCUGAUUAUGGAACACAGAGCCCUCCACAUGAUUGCAUUGAAUCCUCACAACUCUGGGAGGCUUGGGACUGUUAGGAUCCCCAUUUUACAAACGGGGAAACUGAGGCUCACAGCGCUAACAUGGACUAACAUAUAAGGCAACCCAACGAGUAAGUAGGAGAACGAGGGCUUGGGUUCUAGAAGCCCUUGCCCACAUUGUGCUUGGGAGAGAGAGAGAGAGAGAGAGAGAGACUGAGCAUGGCAGGUGCCUCACCAGGGUGGCCACCCCUCCCCUUCUCUUGGCCUCGGUUUACCCCUCUGCACCUCUCAGGAAUGUCUUUGUCUGCAGCUCUAGGCUCCUAUCCCCUUAGCUGCAAGCCCAGCCAAGUGAGAGGGUUUCCUUCUUUAACACAGUUCUGCCUAAAGUCCCAGGGCCAAGUCUUAUUGGUCCAUUCCAGGUCAUGUGACUCACCUGAGUCCAUCCUCGAUGAUCCCAUUGGCUGGACCUGAUAGUCACGUGACCCUCUAGAAAAACCAAAGAUGGCGCCGGCCUGCACCAUGGCGCCUGGUUCCUGGGGCGCCUGCAGCCCCGUUGAUGUGCAUGCAUGGAGCAGGGUCUCCAGAUCCCCUCCUUGACCCAGGAGACUCUCCCUCCUGCCCCAUGAGCCCCGUGCCC